AUGCUUCAAACUCAGAAGGUUCGCCUUACCGAUUACUUAGAUGAACGCUCUGCUUAUCUAUCCGAAUUCGCUGAAAAAGCUAAUGAUGAGUUCAAUGAAAUUGGCGAAAAUGCUCUCAAAGAACUAGAUGAAGCUGAAAACAGGAUUAUGGAAAAGCUAGAGCUCAACAUGCAAUCUUUUGAAGAGAACGCAGAAUUGAACAAAUUGGUUAUUGAGGAAAAUGAGAAGAAAGUGGGAGACUUCGAAGAUCAAAUAGAUAAGGAUCGGAAUGAAGGCUUGUUCUUCAAGAACUUGGGGCAAAAAAAACCUGUAAAUCAAGUCAAAGCAAAGGAAGAAGCCAGGAAGGUCAAAGAAGUUACAAGAAAAAGUGCAGGAUCAAAUACUCGGAGAAACUUUUACCUUGCUUUACUAGGGCUGACAUUCGUGGCAGUCGCUGAUUCCUUGUUCUCUAAUCCAUCUGAUUGGAUGAAACCGGCAGUGUUAGGGCUCAUUUCAGUGGCUUUGCUUUCCCAAUUUAUUUAUGAGCAAAGUCUGUCAUCAAAAACAGAAAGAACAGAUCAAGAAGAAGAACAGAAGUGA